GAUUGGCGACUGUCCUCCCGGUGGUAAGUAAUAGAAACGAAGGAAAUGAGUGAGUGACUGUGCCGAGCCGCGUAUAAUGCAUUUUCGUCCGGAUUCUGCAACAAUGAGAACAACAGUCGCUGCGAUCGUGAUCUUUGCUGCUUUGACAGCUUACUAUGUAUACAUCCCACUUCCGAACACGGUCUCCGAACCCUGGAAACUGAUGCUGCUGGAUGCAACGUUCAGAGGAGUACAGGAUAUGUGUCAUCUCGUGCAGCAGCUUGGCCUUGGCCACCACCUGAAGGCGCUGAAUUUUGUCAUCACUGCAUUUGAUAUGCUUGCCCCGCAAUCAAGUGAAAUUGUGAAGGUGACGGACACGACAUUCGACGGAGUACAAGUCAGAGUGUUUGAACCCAAGAGGAAGCUGAGUCGUGAACUAAGACGAAGCAUUAUUUACAUACACGGUGGAGGCUGGGCUUUGGGAAGUGCAAGAAUGCGAUCCUAUGACCACCUUUGUCGGAAGAUGACAAAUGUAAUGAAUGCUGUUCUUGUCUCUAUUGAAUACCGCCUUGUCCCAGAGGCUCAUUUUCCUGAGCAGAUUAAUGAUGUUUACAGUGCUACUAGAUAUUUUCUGCAGCCAGAGAUCUUGUCACAGUAUUCAGUGGAUCCAAAUCGAAUUGCAGUUUCCGGAGACAGUGCUGGAGGAAAUCUGGCAGCUGCCGUAUGCCAGCAGCUUGUCCAGGACAGGACUGUCACUACCCAACUCAAGCUUCAAGCUCUUAUAUAUCCAGUACUUCAGGCUUUUGACUUCAAUACGCCUUCAUAUCAACGAAACACGGCUACACCCAUCUUGUACAAACAGGUCAUGGCCCGAUUUUGGUUGGAGUAUCUAAAUGGUGACCCAAGCUUUGUCCAGGCAAUGUUAGUCAACAAUCAUACAGCUUCAGACCAAAGUCAACUGACCUCCAUUCGAGAUCGAUUAAAUUGGACAACACUUUUACCACUGUCAUUCAGAAAGAACUUCAAACCUGUUGUUCAGAUAAUGGGAAGUCCACAAGUGAUCAAGGAAUUGCCAGCUUUGCUAGACUCAAGAGCAGCCCCACUAAUUGCAGAUAAAAAGAUUCUGCAGUUGUUACCAAGGGCUUACAUCCUGACCUGUGAGCUUGAUAUUCUAAGAGAUGACGGAAUAAUGUAUGCCAAGCGGUUAGAGGAUGCUGGAAUAGAAGUGACUUUAGAUCACUAUGAAGAUGGAUUUCAUGGUGCCAUGAUAUUUGCACUGCCCCCUACCAAUUUUGAUGUGGGAAACAAGAUCAUGAAUAACUAUAUAAACUGGCUGGACAAAAAUUUGUGAAUAUUUGGUCAGAAGUUGAGAAAUUGCAGUCAAAAGUAUUACUGCAAGUUCUUUUCAAAAUGACCUUCUUAUCUGUGCAAUGCAACUAUCCAAUGCAAAGUUUUGUCAAAGGAAGUUGAGACUGCCUUGUUAGGCUUGAUCUGUGUGUAAGGUGUAUUCUUUAUAAUGAAGCAAAUUGAUAUCAGGAAUAUGCAUAAUUUGGGAAGAAGUGGCUUUGAAAACCUUCGGCAAGGUUUUGAUCCGGGCUGAAAAAGUGGUCCUGUUUGGCAUCUUAUUACUUUUACACUAAACGUGUUUGUUUGGAAAUUAUCAUUAGGUCAACAAUAUUGUGUGAUAAUUGCAUCACUGGACAGGAAUUGCCUUUUGAUAAACCUAAUUGAGGGUCAAUUACAUACAUAUUGAUCACCAUCAUCCUAAGGGAUGGAAGGCCCACAGACAUAUUCUCCAAAUUUGAGAAAAACUAUUAUCAAAGAUGUGAAUUAUUGGUAGUUUAUAAGAAAACGUGCGUUUAAUAUAAUCAGAAACUUAGGAACAUUGCUUCAAUUUUUCUUAGCAUUUCUCUUCAAUCAGAAUUGACCUAAUACUUUUGUAUUAAGGAUUUUUCUUGACAAAUAUGAAAAUAUAUUUAUGUCAAUGACCUGAAAUGUUAUGGCUAGUGAUGUGGUACAAAUUAAUCUUGCGUGGCCUUGUCUGAAUAGAAAACACAACCAAAUGUCGUUUGCAUAUGCUUCAGACUGCAGUACAACUCCCACAAGAACAGUUUGAAUGGAAUUAAAGAACUAUUAAGUUCCAAAUUGAAAAAUAAAGCAUUGUCCCAAUUUCUACUAACUAGAUACCUACAGGAAAUUUAAAAAAAUCUUCCAUAAGGGCAUAGGCAAUAGGAACAGUUGUCCACUGACUAAUAUCAUAACUCAUUCUCUGCCUCAGAUUCAUCUUCCAUUAUUAUUCUAACGCAUAGAUCCCUGCCUAUUUACAUUUUCAACAUAACUUUUUUUAAAUCCUAAUCCUAAAUAACCAGACUGUUACUUCUAGAUAGGGCAAACAUCUCCCUAUCCCAUUCAGAAAUCUAAAUGUUCAUUAGGAUUACACUUGUUCCUUUACAUAAAGAGAAUAUAGACCUAAUCUACUCAGUACCCUCCACCUGGAAAUCAAUCUGGUGAACUUUCAUAGCACAUUCACUAAGGUAACACAGUGACUCUUCCGUUAGAAACCAAAAUAAUAUUCUAUAAUUGUCUUCUAACCAAAUUAAUGCCUUGUGUCCUAGACUCGUUUGAUCUCAGCCAGGCUGUAGGUAAAACUGCCUCAUUGCCUCAGUGUGUUACUCACUCCUUGAGUGAUACAAAACUAGACUUCAGUCCACAUUACACCAAUAUGCCUUCAGUUUCUCACAUUUGUAGGACAUGCACAUGGGACUGGAGAGGAGUUGGAGAAUUUAAAGAUAAUUAUUUUUUUUAAGAUUCAAAAACUAAUCUCACAAUUCACAAAAUUAAUUUGGUGCACCAAGGCACUCAACUUGAUUGUGGACUAAUUAUAAACUGAAAUUAAGUUGUGAAAUACCUAUGGUACAUUUUGUAAAUUGAAAGGAUAGCCAACUCAAUUAUUCUUUUCCAUUUCCAUUUGUGUGUAAUUCCGCAAAACAAAUUUAUAUUUAACUUAACCAGAAGACAAAUCAUUAUUCCUUCAUAUUAACCAGUUUGUAGAUUACACCUUAGAACUCAUUUUAGACAAUUAAUUUGCAAAUUGUACCUGGAAUAAUCAUAACCCUUGUUGCAAUUAUUUUUAUUGAACAGGUCUAAUCUGAUUGCUGAUUGAAGAUUAACAAUGUAACCUACCGCCUAAAGACGCCUGUGAUUAACUUGUUUUAGGUUAACACUGUUUAAAAAUAGCGUGAACAUUUAAACAUUACCCAAUCAAUACGAUCUCUCAUCUCCUGACGUGAUGGCUCAGUAUCGGGUGGGGUUUCUAAUGCUCUCCUGAUAACGUAAACGUUGUUUUUCAUGUGAUCCCAGACUCUGGCUAUUCUGGAAUUGCCAAACUUGAUCUUUUCCUCACCAGUUGCCUGAAUGGAUUCAGGAGUUUUUUGACAUGAUCAGGAGUGAAAAUUCUACAUCCUGUUUUUGAUAGAGAUUCUGAUGUGCAAUCCUGAACUGAGUACCUCACUGGGCAAAUAGUGGCUGUUAAAAAAAGAGAAUUAUCUUAAAAACUAAUGGAAACAAACAGAUAUUAUUGCUUUAAUAUUUAGGCUUCCUGUAAAAUAGCUAUUGCUGUAGUUAUGCACUGAAGUCAGCUAACACUUAUUCCAUGGAUAGACACAAAAAGCUGGAGUAACUCAGGGAGACAGGCAGCAUCUCUGGAGAGAAGGAAUGGGUGACGUUUCGGGUGGAGACCCUUCUUCAGACCGUUCCUACUCUCCAGAGAUGUUGCCUGUCCUGCUGAGUUACUCCAGCUUUUUGUGUCUAUCUUCGGUUUAAACCAGCAUCUGCAGUUCCUUCUAACACUUAUUCCUUAUUUUUUUAUACUUCCUUGUUAAGGUGCAUUUAGCUUUAGUUUAGAUUUGGAGAACAUAGCGUUGUUAACAUCAGUAAUCAUUAAUUGACCAGUCAAGUAAGUGGCAAUAAUGUCAAAAUUUAUGAUCAAAAAUAAAGUCAGAUUGAUGUGGAGGAUCAAAAAUGUUAGCCUGAACAAUUUCUAUUUUUAAUUAUUUUUCAACAAUAUUCAUUCCUCUCUAUAUGUACUAAUUUAUUGUCAACUUGGAUGUGUUGUUUACGUGUAGCCAGUGCCUCUGAUGAUAAUACUCAGAAUCAUGGAGCUUGCAUGGAGCAAUGAAAUUCAAUAUAUUAUUUUGAUGUAAUGACCAAAAAAUAUAUAAUUGUUUGAUAUGUACAUAGGAAGUUGAUGGGGUGAGGAAGAAGGGAAUCACUAUCAAAUCUUAGAUAGAAAGUAAAUGGAAAAUAAAAGUACAAUUGUAAUUUGCCAGAACUGUGUGAAAAUAACAUUCAAAAUUUGGCACAUCACUAACUUUUUAAAUCAAUUGGAACCUGACGUACUACAGAAAUGGCAAACUAUAAUUUUGUAAUGACAUUUGCAGUUAAUUCAAGAGCUGAUGUUAACGUCAGGUGAAUGUUUUUCCUUUACCUGAGAAAUCUAGUCCAAAUGGUGGAUAUUCAUCAAAAGUAAAAAUAUUUAAUUUAUAAGUUUCUUGUGGGGAAAAAAGAAGCGAUUAAAUAAUUUGUGCUGUAUUGACUUGAGAAUAGUGAGACAGCUCCUUCUUUCAAAAUAAAUGGAUCAGAUAAAUCAGCAAAUGCACCAUUCAAGUUUUUUAGACUAUGCAUAAAAAUGAUUGUUUAAGAAAAGGGCAUUCAUAAUGUUUUAAUUUAUAAAAUCAAUGGCAGGUCAACUUAUUGACCGUUAGGGGGAAUAUGGCUAGAUAAUAGAUAAAAUGCAAUGCACUCUUCCCCCCUCCAUGAUUAAACGCUUUUCUAUUUGACUUUGGACAUAACCUCUGUGUUAUUGUAUUACAAUCUUAACAUUUCAUUUUUGUUCCACUGCAAUAUGGAUAUAUACAAUGUGAGUGCACUUUAAAGUAUGCUAGGGAAAUAAAAAAUAAUCUUGAUGGAAAAAAAAG